ACGUGAGGACGGAAUAUCCGCCGUUCGUUCUAUCCAAACUUUGGAAAUAGAGUUGGCGGAAAUCAUGAAGGGUCCAUUCGAUCAUUUCAUGCAAAAGGAAAUUUAUGAGCAGCCAGAGUCAGUGGUCAAUACUAUGCGUGGUCGUGUUAAUUUUGACACUCAUAAGGUCACUCUCGGUGGUCUUAAAGCGUACUUGGCUACCAUAAGGCGAUGCAGGCGUAUAGUGUUUUCUGCGUGUGGUACUAGUUACCAUUCAUGUUUGGCGGCAAAGAUCCCUGUGUCGGUGGAAUUAGCCAGUGACUUCUUAGACCGAAAAACACCAAUAUUCAGAGACGAUGUUUGCGUGUUCGUAUCACAAUCUG